CUGAACAAAGAAAUGUGGUCAUUCAUGCAAUGGCAUCAAUGAAAGCAUGCCUGACGGAGGAAGAGUUUCUCAAUGUAUCUGCCAAGAAAUGCAGUGAGAUCGACAACUUUUUGGAUAGUCCCCAUGUAACAACUUAUCUGAAGACAAAUUGGUUUACUUAUGCCGAGCUGUGGGUAAACUUUGGAAGAACGUUCUAUCACUGUAGCAGUGAGACAAACAACAAGGCUGAAAGAUUCUUCCUUACAUUGAAAUACCAGUUUCUGCGAGGCCAGGCAAACCGAAGAGUCGACCAACUUCUGCUCUUGCUAUGUGGAGAUGUAGAAAAGUAUUACAGCUACAUGGAUGGCCUCAGCGAAGCAGGACGACUGACAUUAUCCAGCUCUGCUGCUCACCAGGCUGCUGCGCUGCUAUUUAAAAAUGGCGUGGGCAAAGAUUUGGACAUAGAAGCAGGGCAGUGCUCUGUGCCGUCACAAUCAACCAACACAGCCUACAAAGUUAACUUGUUACACUUCACGUGUGAAUGCACCAAUUUCCGGAUGGGAAACAUAUGCAAACAUCUUCUCUUGGUGAAGAUGGAGGUAGACAGGAGAGGUAUUGACAUUGAAAAAAUGCGGAAUACUAAAGCGUUAGAAAUCAUCAGCCUCCGUCUCUACCAGCAGACUGAAGAUGAAAUAACCAUCUUCAGUAGUGAUGGGACUAUGAGUAUUGUGAAUAGGAAAACUCCGACUUUGUGCACAUGCAUAGCUAAUAGUUUUGGAGAAAGAUGUGUUUGCAUACAUGUCACACAUGUCCUCAAGCCUCAAGACAUUCUCACAGACCCCAACGAAAAUGCACACGUUUCUGAAGCCUCCCAUAAUCCUCCCAUACAGUCCAUGUUAUUAGACCUACUAGAGUGGAGCAAGUCCGAAGCAUUUGAACAUACCCCUGAACUGUACAAUACCAUCCAAAGAGCACACAAGCGGGCUUUUGGAAAAUUCACUGCUGUGUCCAGAAAAAGAAAAAUUACCCCUUUACAUGGUUACCGUAAAAAAAUUAAAAAAGCUAGACUGCAGAGAGCAGUAGUUGAGAACUUUAAAAACAAAAGAAGAGCAAGAAGCACUUAAUUCUGUUUUCUGGAGGUGCCACUGUUUGCAUGUGAAAGUGCCCGUCUUGAUUGGUUGAUUAAUUUUCUUGGUAGUUCAUAAGGUAAAUAAAAUACUGAUAAUUAAAUCAAAGCUUUAUGAAGUUUUGGGAAAUAUAUAGACUACUUACAUUAAUGGCACAAGCAAUAGCAGUGUUUUACCAAUGUGAAAUGUAAAUUAUACCAGCAGUGGUGAAGUACACAGGUCCUGUAAUUUAGUAAAAGUAUUGAUCCCAAAUAAAAUUAUA